UAACGAUGACUCCGUGCCCCCAGGGCACUAACGUUGACUCUGUGCCCCCAGGGCAGAGUGAAGGGUCCUCUGCGGCAACUUCGACUCGCUCACCACCAAUGACGUCAUCACCCCGGGUCACGUGGAGCUGUGGGAGGCUCCCGGCCCUCCAGGGGGGGUGCCGGGGGGGGCAGCCCCACCCCCCGCUGAUUGCUUCUCGGAGGUGCUGUCUGGCAGUUCCUGCGACGCUCACCCAGAGAGGGCGGGUGCUCGCCAAGAGGGAGUGUGCAGUGUUGCUCACAGCCGUCUACGCGCCCUGCCACCACCUUGUGGACCUAUCCUGGCACCUGUCUGCGUGUAUGGAGGAGGUUUGCUCCACCACCAGCACCACCACCAGCUCCUCCUCCACCUCGUGUUCAUCUCCCUGCGUGUCCCUCUCCGCCUACGCCUUCCAGUGCUGUCAGCAGGGGGCUGCCAUCGCCUGGCGCACCCCGCGGCGCUGCCCAUUGGAUUGCGAAUAUUAUACACGAGAGCUGGGUGAGGGUCCCUACAGGCUGGUGACCUUCCGUGGGGUCGCCGUCUCCAUCGACCGCAGUGGCUGUGCCGCUUCUCCCUGGCUGAACACCAGCACCAUCAGCAGCACCAUCAGCAGCACCAUCAGCAGCACCAUCAGCAGCACCAUCAGCAGCAGCACCAUCAGCAGCACCAUCAGCAGCACCAUCAGCAGCACCAGCAGCAGCAGCAGCACCAGCAGCAUCAUCAGCAGUGCACCAGACGAGGCGACGUCCUUCACCUUCAGGGUGGUGCCGCCUCUUCGCAGAGCGUCGCAGUGGCAAGCUCCCCCACCCCCAUCCUCGUCCUCGUCAUUUUCCCCGCGGGCCGUCUCCAUCGAGUCGUCCUCCCGCCCCAACAACUUCCUGCGCCUGCGCCGGGAUGGCCAGGUCUACCUGGAGCGCUGGGAGCCUCGCCGCCGCCACCGCCGGCAAACUCCGAACCGCCGGCAGAAUCACCGCGAUGGAGGUGACGGCGGUGACGAUGGCGGCGAUGGCGAUGGCGGCGAUGGCGAUGAUGAUGAUGAUGACGAUGAUGACGAUGACGACGAAGUGGUCGUGAGACCGUCACCGGCCUUCGCCAACGACGCCACCUUCUGGCUGCACGAAGACCUCUUCUACCCCGGUUUUGUCGCCAUAGAAGCCUUGACUAGGCCCGGAUUCUUCCUGCAGGAGACUGGAGGAUCUGGGAUGUCGAGGCAUCGGGACGCGACUGGGAGUUUUGACACGUCGGGGAGGUCCCGAGGAUCUGAGGAAUCUCACGAGGAUGGUGGCCCUCGGAGAGGCGGAGGAUUUUACGAGCCGGGAGGAUUGGACGGGGCAACAUCUGGAGGACCUGCGUCUCCGGGAGACGCUGGGAUCGCCCGAGGGGCGUCCGCCGGUCCUCCGGAUCUCCUGGCCCGCGGGCCUCCUCCUCCCGGAGGCCCUGGCGGACCCGCGGCCUCUGAACGUUCCGGGGGAUCUCGGGGAUUCCGGGGGCCGAGCGGGACCCCCCGAGGGGCGGCCGGUGGGAGCCCCCUGACGUCCGAGGGGCCUGCAACCGCGGGAGCGGACGCACUGGGUGGGGGGCUCGAGGUACUUAGCGGGAAAUUCGGAGGCGCCCGAUCGCCCGAUGGACCUGCCGCCGAUUCUCAACCGCUCGGAGGUCCCGGGGCGAAGCGUCGUGGAGGCCCCCUGCCUCCCGAAGCCCGCGGCCCUGCCGGGAAGUCCACCGGUCCUCCGGAUCCUCUGGAUCCUGGCCUUGGCGGAGAACGUCUUAGUGGCGAGGGACCUCCUCCUCCUCCUCCUCGUCCUCGUCCUCGUGGUGGUGGUGGUGGUGGUGGAGCUGGUGGUGGUGGAGCUGGGGAACGAGGGGGGCCGGGAGGUCCCAGGGCAUCCACCGGCGGAACGUGGAGAGGUGUUGAUGAGGCUUCGCAGUGGGAACCGCUCCUCGAAGUGGCCUGGCUGGACCAGUCGCUGAAACUCGCAAGGCAAUCGGCGAGCUUCAGGCUCAUCCGUGAGGCGGUGGUUGAGACUACUCCGUGUGGGUGGCGCUACUUCUCCUGCCGUGACCCUGCCCCCGAAGCUGCGCACACCCAACAGGAGCACUCUGCCAAGACCUACCACGGUGGGUGG